CGGAGCCCGGGAACUAGGCGGGAGGUCCCAGGGUCUCGGGUUGGGGGAGGUGGAGCCGCACUUCGUCGCCGCGGGGGUGCCGGGACUCCGGCCGCAGUGCCGCCGCCAUCACGGACUUCCUGUGGGACAAGCGCACGGGCCUCGCCGCCAGAACGAUGCCUCAUCCUCGAAGGUACCACUCUUCAGAGAGAGGCAGCCGGGGGAGUUACCAUGAGCACUAUCGGAGCCGAAAGCAUAAGAGACGAAGAAGCCGCUCCUGGUCAAGCAGCAGUGACCGUACGCGGCGGCGCCGACGGGAAGACAGUUACCAUGUCCGUUCCCGGAGCAGCUAUGACGAUCGUUCAUCUGAUCGGAGGGCCUAUGACCGGCGAUACUGUGGCAGCUACAGGCGCAACGACUACAGCCGAGAUCGGGGAGAAGCCUACUAUGACACAGACUACCGGCAUUCCUACGAGUACCAUCGGGAGAACAGCAGUUACCGCAGCCAGCGCAGCAGCCGUAGGAAGCACCGCCGGCGGAGGCGGCGCAGCCGGACGUUCAGCCGUUCAUCUUCGCAGCACAGCAGCCGGAGAGCCAAGAGUGUAGAGGACGACGCUGAGGGCCACCUCAUCUACCACGUCGGGGACUGGCUACAAGAGCGAUAUGAAAUUGUAAGCACCUUGGGAGAGGGGACCUUCGGCCGAGUUGUGCAGUGUGUUGACCAUCGCAGGGGUGGGGCUCGGGUUGCCCUGAAGAUCAUUAAAAAUGUGGAAAAGUACAAAGAAGCAGCUCGACUCGAAAUCAAUGUGCUGGAGAAAAUCAAUGAGAAGGACCCUGACAACAAGAACCUCUGUGUCCAGAUGUUUGACUGGUUUGACUACCAUGGCCACAUGUGUAUCUCCUUUGAGCUUCUGGGCCUUAGCACCUUCGAUUUCCUCAAAGACAACAACUACCUGCCCUACCCCGUCCAUCAAGUGCGCCACAUGGCCUUCCAGCUGUGCCAGGCCGUCAAGUUCCUCCAUGAUAACAAGCUGACACAUACGGACCUCAAGCCUGAAAAUAUUCUGUUUGUGAAUUCGGACUAUGAGCUCACCUACAACCUAGAGAAGAAGCGAGAUGAGCGCAGUGUGAAGAGCACAGCGGUGCGGGUAGUGGACUUUGGCAGUGCCACCUUUGACCAUGAGCACCAUAGUACCAUUGUCUCCACCCGCCAUUAUCGAGCACCAGAGGUCAUUCUUGAGUUGGGCUGGUCUCAGCCUUGUGAUGUGUGGAGUAUAGGCUGUAUCAUCUUCGAAUACUAUGUUGGCUUCACCCUCUUCCAAACCCAUGACAACAGAGAGCAUCUAGCCAUGAUGGAAAGGAUCUUGGGUCCUAUCCCUUCCAGGAUGAUCCGAAAGACAAGGAAGCAGAAAUAUUUUUAUCGGGGUCGCCUGGAUUGGGAUGAGAACACAUCAGCGGGGCGCUACGUUCGAGAAAACUGCAAACCACUUCGGCGGUAUUUGACCUCAGAGGCAGAGGAACACCACCAGCUCUUCGAUCUGAUUGAAAGCAUGCUAGAGUAUGAACCUGCCAAGCGGCUGACCUUGGGCGAAGCCCUUCAACACCCUUUCUUCGCCCGCCUUCGGGCUGAGCCACCUAACGCCAAGUUGUGGGACUCCAGUCGAGAUAUCAGUCGGUGACGAUCUGUCCCUGGGCACCCCUGUGUCUCUAACAGCAGUGGGUGUCCAGUCCAGGACACUGGUGCUUUUUUAUACAAGAGAACAGAGCCGGAGCUCAUUCCUUCCUCCUGGCUCCCUAUGUACCUGUGAAUAUGUGAAAUAGUGUAAAUAUGAAAGAACUUGUACCACCGCUUCAACCCCUGCCUUGUACAUAAUGCUACUCCAUCUCACACUCUUCCCACCCUCACCUGCCCCUUCAACAGUUGAGUUGGAUCUGGGCAGAAUGAGGUAACCAGAAGGCAUCUACACCAUGUUUUAUAAGGAAUUUUGUACAGUCUUUGUGAAAUAAAAUGAUGUGCUUCACCCGA